AUGUCAAUGGCAGCUCUGAAAGGAGAUACUGCAUUCCAAGCAAGGUCACUAUUCCGAUCCCUCCUCCGACAAUCUUCUCAAUUUGCUGCCUAUAAUUUCCGAGAAUAUGCAAAGCGAAGGACAAAAGACGCAUUUAGAGAGAACCAUGACAAAAACCUUGGGGAUAGGGAGACACAGGAGCUGAUACAGAGAGGGCUAAAAGAGCUGCAAAUGAUGAAGAGACAAACAACGGUCAGUCAAUUCUUCCAAUUGGACAGACUAGUAGUCGAAGGGCAGAAGACGGGGAAGCAAACAGGCGAGGACGGAGGCAUAGUACGACAAACGACGGAAUGA